AACAAUGGAUAUCGAGUAUUUUCUAUCUUCUUGUCCAUUCUUCUCGAAAGUAUUUUCUGUAAUUUGCUGUAUCUUCCUUUGUUUUCUCCCUCUAGGCUUAUAUUUCAGAAACGCCAGCAAAGCCGUAAACUACUGGAUCUUCGUUGGCACGAUUCCAUCUUUAAUAUUGAAUUCCAAGCGCCUGUCUGAAUGGUUUGUUGAAGUUUUCAGUUCACUUGGCAAAAGUUCAUUUUAUAUAGAUGGACCCAUGUUCUCGAAUCUUAGAUAUCUUGUAACUUGUCACCCACAAAACAUCGAAUACAUACUCAAAACCAACUUCAACAAUUUCCCGAAGGGAGAGGAUUUCAGGGAUGUUUUCGAUAUACUUGGUGAUGGGAUUUUUAACGUGGAUUCUGAUCGUUGGAAGAUGCAAAGAAAAUUUGCUCAUGCAGAAUUCUCAUCCAGAGAAUUCAGAACCCUAGUUUCAAGCACGAGUCGAAAGGUGGUAGAAGAACAAUUAGUCCCAUUUUUAGCUCAUGUUAGUGAAGAAGGGUCAAGCGUUGAUUUACAAGAUGUUUGUUCGAGAUUUUCUUUUGAAGUUAACAUCAAUGUUAUAUUUGGAAGAUACGAAAAUUAUCUUUCCAUAGAGCUUCCUUCAAAUGAGCUAGCUGUGGCUGUGGAUGAUGCACAAGAAGCGAUACUAUACAGGCAUAUUAGGCCUAUGUUUUUUUGGAAAUUACUGCGUAUGCUUGAAACUGGUAAAGAGAGAAAAUUAAAGAAAGCGGGAAAAAAAGUACGCCAAAUUCUCGAAGAUUACAUUAGUCAAAAGAAAAAAGACUUGCUCGGAGGAGUUAAAACAUACGAUUGCUUAUCAACUUACAUAAAAGCUCUACAAGAUAACACUAGUAUUGUUUCUUCUUUACCUAAUAAAGAUAUUUUUCUUAGAGAUGAAAUGCUAACCUUUUUGAUAGCUGGAAGAGACACAAUUACAUCGGGUCUCACUUGGUUUUUCUGGCUAGUUUCCAAGACAUCCGCUGUCGAGACAAAGAUCUUAGAAGAGCUGAAAUUUGUACUGUCUACAAAUAACAGUGACAAAGAAACAGGAAGCACCCGUAAAUGGCCAUGGAUUUUUGGUUCAGAGGACUUAAAAGGUUUAGUUUAUUUGCAUGCGGCUUUAUGUGAAUCUUUAAGACUAUACCCACCACUUCCGAUUAACCGAAAAUCUGCCGUUAAGAAAGAUCAACUUCCGGAUGGCAGUACAGUUACUCCUGGACUCGAAAUACUACUUUCAUUCUAUUCAGUGGGACGAAUGCCAUGGAUUUGGGGUGAAGAUUGUUUGGAAUUUAAGCCAGAGAGGUGGAUAGCUGAAAAUGGGAAGCUAAUUAUAGAGCCGUUAUACAAAUUCUUUCCGUUCAACAUUGGACCAAGAACUUGUAUAGGAAAAGAUAUAUCUUUUACGCUGAUGAAGUCUGUUGUUGCAGCUGUCCUAUUCAACUUCCACGUUGAAGUGGUGAAAGGUCAUCAUGUUUGCUCCAAACCAUUCAUAAACCUUCAUAUGAAAAAUGGAUUGAAGGUGAAUAUUAAGAAAAGAAUAACCAUAUAAUACUAUGGUAUUAGAGACACAGCAUUAGUUUUUCUUACAGAUUGAUGUUUUUAUUUAUCUUACUUUCUUUAUCAGUUUCCUUCUCCUGGAAUCUAUGUUUACGGUAAACAGUAUUGUAAUAAAACUGAUCGAUGAAGAAACAUUCAAUGAAGUUAUAAUUUUGAGACCUAUGUUGACAUAGGUCUAGCAUA